AUGGUCAAGCCCGCCAACGACCUCCAAACUUUCGUGAACAACGCCCGCGAGCGCAAUAAGAACGAGGCACUCGCCUCCAAGAUCUUCGACAAGAACCGCCGCAAGAGCGCACCCACCAGGCUCAAUGCGCAGAGCGGCAGCGGCUCCCUGGCGAGUCGCAUCAGUGUCAACAAGCGCGCAUCGCUUGGUGGCAAGAACGCAGUCCCCAGACCCAAGGGCGAUGUCAACGGCGAAUGGACACACGACCUCCACAGCACCGUGAACCCCCCCAAGAAGUCCACAUCCCUCAGCUCCCGCAUAUCGAAACCCGGAUCGAAGACUGCCCCCCAGGCGGCGAGCAAAAAGACUACCGCACGUCGCGCCGCCGCCCUUGACCGCAUGGAUGUCGACGUCAACGUCCAGAAGCAGGUCAACAUCCGCUCUCAGGGCAUUUCCAUCCGCGGUAUCGCUGGGCCCUUCACAGUCGUGGGCCAGAACUUUGCUCCUGGAACCACGGCUGCAGACAUCGAGAGCGUUUUGACGCCCUUUGGCGGCCACAUGGAAUCGUGCAAAAUCGUCAAGACAAAGCCAUUUGUCGUUGCUGAGAUGGUGUUUGCGUCCAAGGAGGGCGGCGACCGAGUCAUUGAGACAUUCAAUAACAAGACGGCCGAUGGUCGACUUCUCAAGGUGUAUCCUAAGAUUGGCGGUAACAAGCCUGCAUCAAACCAAGCCGACACGAAUGGACAGGUUGUUGACGGGUCACUGGGCUUUAGCGAAUCCUCGCAGCCGCUCUAUAGCGAUAGACUUCUGAACGGGAACGAGGGGAGAAGCCAGAGAAACCGGGGCAGAAGGUGA